CUCCGUCUUGUUAGCUGUAGCAACCUUGACACUAUCAGACAACUGUAACUUACCUAACCGCUGUUACCGUUUAGUAUAUAAAAUCAUUUGCACCGAUGAAUUGAUAUCAUUCAACAAGUGCAACAACAACAAACUCAACAUGAGAAGAAGCCUUCUGGUGGCGUGUGGGCUUCUGGCCAUCGCAGCGCUCAGCUCUGCCAGAGAAAUCCGGGAGAAACGCGCAGCCGACCUCGAGGCCGCCGCCUCCGGUCACCACUGGGACAAGGGAGGCGGCCACGAGCACCACGGACACCACCACCAUGACCAUGGUGGCGAACACCACAAAGGACACAAGGGACAUCAUGAACACCACCAUGGUAAACAUGGACACCACCACCACGAGGGACACAAAGGCCAUCACGGCGAACAUGGUGGACACAAGAAACACCAUCACCAUGACGAGGGCUACCAUCAUCAUCACCAUCACGGUGAGAAGGGAGACCACGGGCACGGACACGAGGAGCACGGACACUGGCACAAGGGCCACGACACUAAGGGACACCACGGAGUCGAGAAACACGACGAGUUCAAGAAGGACAAGCACUUCCACGACCACCACGGAGAGAAGGGCCACCACGAACACCACGGCGGGCACCACCACGAGGGCGGCUACAAGAAGGGCGGUCACUUCCACAAGGGACACAAGCAUGGCGGACACCACGAACACCACCAUGGCAAGAAGGGACAUCAUGAGGAAGGUGGACACCACCACCACCACAAGGGCCAUCAUGGUGAGGGAGGUCACCACGAGCACUGGCAUGACCAUCAUGACCACGGCAAGAAGGGAGGACACGAGGACCACAAGCACUGGAGCCAUAAGAAGGGCCAUUAAGUAUGCACUGACUGAAUUGUUAUUUGUUGUAAUGUUGCUAACGAGUGUUUUUGUUACGUUUUUACGAAAAAGAAUUAAAUUUUGUACAAAAUAA